AGUUUCGACGAUGAAUUACCCGAGGAACCUUUCUGGCUAAGUCUGAUUAGGGAAACCAUAUGGGGCAUAAGAUCUUUGUCUGCGUUUCUGGUUGAGCAACCUAGUCAACUGAAAUACAUAGAAUGGCCUAGCUUUGUAAGCACGCUGAAGACUGCUAUUUUAACUCUUGUUCUAGUUGCCGGGCUCAUCGUUGCACUAGCAUCAGUUGACUCCCUCCUCUGCUAUAUUUUAGCUUUGUUGCUCAGAAGAACCCCUUGAUAAUUGAAUUAUUCCCUCAAAACACCUUUGAUGAAAUAUAUAUGUAUUCUUUGCAUGUUGCAUUAGGGUUAUCCACGGUUCUUUUAC